GGUACAAGACUAGUCCUGAAUCACCAGUCACUCAACUGCUGCGCUCUUUUUCUUUUUGAGUUGUGUGGACUUCAACCUCCUGUCUGGACCCUCGUGUCCCCACGGUCUUUAAAUAAUAAUUUUGCCACAACAUGCUGCUCUGGAUUAUCUUUCCCAUCUCGCUGUCACUGCUGUCCUUCAUUGGUACAUGGACUGUAUAUGGCCUGGCAUACUACCACAACCAUGUCUGUUCCCUCAGCGACUGGAGUGGUGAGAACUACUGCAAAGGCAACCAGACGACAGACUGCUGCUAUGUUCCCACCAUCAGCUCAAGCGGAACCAACGCUCCGGAGAACUCUCUGUUUACCGCCACCAUCAACGCGGGAUCGUUUCUCUUUCUGCUCUUCUGUGUGUUUCAUCAUGCUCACAUCAUGGAGAAACACGCCUGUCACUCCAUGCUAAGCAGGAUCGCCUUGGUUUUUGGCGUUGUAGCAGCCUUGGGGUCAUUUGCCGCCGGAAACUGCAAUCCAGGUUACCUGGCGCUGCUGCACUAUUUUGGGGCGGCCAUCAGCUUCAUGUGCAUCUGCUUCUACACGGUGCUGCUCACGUGGCUGACCGGGAAGUGUGUUCUGUCUGGAUAUGAAAGGAUCCUCUACCCUCUCCGCAUCGUCUCCACCAUCAUCCAAAUCAUCGUCACCAUCUGCUACACGAUCCUGUUCGCCCUGGACGAGUACUUUUACGUCCACAUCUCCGCCAUAUUCGAGUGGAUGCUGGCGGUCAACCUGGAGCUGUUCGAACUGAGCUACGUGGUGGAGUUUUGCUUCUUCUCGUCCUUCAUGAUCUCCAACCUCCUGGGCAAACGUGACGAGGAGAAGCCGCUGAUGCUGAGGCUGUCCUGAUAUAAGGCCGCCAGGGUCCAGCGGCAUAACACUGGCACGGACGAUGGGUUCAGCAAGCAAUCGUCAGGACAGUAGAUGGACCGUGGCAGCCUGGUGAAUGACUCUCUCCUUGUCCUCUUUUGUGGGAGGUAUUUCUGACGACUCCAGUGAUUUCACCUGUUGCCUAUGAUCAUAUUCUAUUUUCUAUGUACAUUAUCAUGGCAAACUUUUAUUUAUUGAGGCUGAAGAACAAGCAAGGACUGUGACUGGACAGAGAAGCAGGACAAUUCUGCUCUUAUAGCUAAGACUGGACGGCACUUUGACUUCUGCACCUUCAGUUCAGGACAAGGAGAAGUUAAAGGUGGAGCCGCCUGACGUCAAAGGAUCCGGUUUGUCUGGAUAAAGGUGACGUAUUUCAGGGAAGGAAGUGCGACAAAAUGCGGCCGCAAUUUUUUGGUGGGUGCAGCACUGGGCUGGAAAAGGCAAAACUUGUUUAAAUAUUUCUGAAAAGACGGUUGCAGGAUGCUCUAUUGGACUGUAAAGUUGAGUGGCACAUGAGCAAUAAACAUGUCUCAGAUAAUAGAAAUCUUUAAGCAUGCUGUGUCACUUUAUAUGCGGUUGGUUACCUGCUGAAAUAUGACAAAGCUCAAUGAAGGUACAAAGGUCAUGGGCAUGUAAGAAGUCAACAAGACUGUUCAGUUGCCCUUUUGUUUUUGUCUUAGUUCGAUACAACUGCACUUUGUUGAUGUAUCUAAGUCGGCAAGCUGAUUGUGAUCCCACACUUAGUCCUUUCAACAGGGUGUUUGUUGACGUCCAUUCAUGAGGUGUGUGUACAUGUGUCUGGCAUUAAUGUCGAGUUUGAGGGCAGCCACUCCAUAAAGUCACAAAGCCACCUCAUAAAGCCAAACUUCACUCAACUUAUUAGUUGCUCAUGAAGUUGGCUUUUAUGUCUAACUUGUUAAACAUGAAAGUCAGCUGCACACACACACACGUACUUCUACCCUCAUGGGGACAUUGUGAGGUUGAAGUUUGAAUAAAUGACUGCAUAAUACAGCAUUAAGCAUUAGACAUUAAAAUGUCUCUGGACUUUCAUGGAGCAUCUAAAGGACAUAAAAAUGUUGUUAAAAAAAAGGUCAUUGAGGACCAGGUGAAAAAAAAGGACAUUGAUACACACUUCUGGUUUUUAAUGCAAAGCAUUUAACCUUUACUUGAAAGAAGGUAAUAUACAUCCUGGAAUAACAGAUAAUAAAGAUACAAGAUGAGCAAAAUCAGUUCACAAUGAAUAUUAUCUUUCCCGCGCGUCAAACCAAGAGAGCGGUAUCUACAGUUUUGUUAGGAAGAGAACAGUGAAAAGCACAAAAAUCUGUCUUUACUGUGGGUACACCGUCAUAAAUGUGCACGCGAUCCAAUGUUAGCUUUAACAAAAGAGAAAAAAAAGAGUGAUCUUAACUACUUUGUCAGCGAUGCAUACAUUAUAAAUAAAUGUAAAAGGGAGGAAAUCGGAAGGAAAAAAAAUCAACUACAAGCAUUAUUCCACAAUUCCAGCAUGGCUGAAACAAAAAGUGGCCUUGAAUCCAACACUUUGGAGUGUGACCACGACUUUUUACAAACCCCUAAGAUACUGUAGAUUCAUCAAGCUGGUGCAUCUGAUAUUCAGCUCUUCAACACAUCAAAAAAAAAAAAAUCAAGUUAAAAUUGUCCUUAAAAUUUUGUUCUGAAAAAGGACAGUUGCCUACCAUUUUCGGUGAGCGGUGAGAAACACUUAAGAAGUGAUGAACACAAGGCAGUCCAGUUCUUUUUUUUUUACCAACUGAAACCGUUUCUAGCUGUGAGAGCGCUUGUCCGCUAAACUAAAUUAUCCAUGAUUCAAUGCAAAAGUUAAUGAUCUGUGUUCUUGCGUCGCAGUUUCACACCUUUCUGACAACGGCUGAAGCUCCAGAGCUCAGUUAAGAGGAAGGACACAACAGUAGUAGUACAACUCAAAGUAUUCAUGUUGUGAUGCGGUUUUGUAAUUGUUUAAAUCUACAGCCAAGUUGAAAUUAAAAGAUUUUUUUUGUUUUUACACAGAAUACAUAUUCUUGGUGGUGGAGCCACUCUUGCUGGACGUGUCGUCAUGGGACUGGUAGCCGAGCAUAGCUUUGAUGGGGAUGUUCAGGCGCUCUUUGUAGACUUGUCUGAGGGAGAGGAAGGACACGUUUCAGAGUUAAAAAACAGCACUCUGGCUCCAUCUAGAGGUUGAUCUGUGAACGCACCCUAUCGUGAGGAUGGCGUCCCUAUUUUGGCAGUUGCUUGUCCAGAUGGAGAUCUUGUCCCCCUUGGGUCUGACGUUGACCACAGCGCCGCACACGUCUUCGCUGGCCUCAUCAAAGGAGUCACCCACUAAACACAAGAGCUGUAAACAAAAACAAGACGUUAUGGGAAACAAUUUAACCUGCACAAUAACCAAAACGUUUUUUUCUUCUGUAUACUGUAACCAGUAUGGACAGUAUACAGAGCACACUGACAAAUCACACAGAUUAAGUUACACCUGACGUCUGAAAACACUCGUGGACUGCAAAAUAUUCAGGAAGAAAAGCGGUUUUCAUGAUGCGCCACUGACAACAGCAUCAGUUUCAAAUUACUGUCAACACCUGUGAAGCAAGGCCUUGAGGCCAGAGUCAAGCCGCCAGUACUUUACAGUCAGAGCUUUGUGGUUGGCUUUUCAAAAUAAAACUGUAAUGUACAAAAUAGACUCUGUGAUCCACGAGGUCCUGCUGCUGCAUGAAACACAUGAAAGACGACUGAAACUGAUAGAGGGAAGGCGUUUUGAUGAAAGUAGGGAGAGUGAAUGUGUAAUCGUGCCUGAAGGAAAUGGAGAAAAGUGUAUUUUGAUGCAGUGUCAGUGGAGAGCAAUUUAUGACAUUCACACACGCGGAUUAGCGGCCUCCAAGGAGUGUUCCAGUAUUCCUACC